GGCUGGAGCUCCAGAUCAACUUCCAUACGGUAUACUAUCGUCAAGGCACAGUCCCUAACGCUGUCCCGAUGCAGAGAAAAUCCGGCAGAGCGUCGUCUGGCCACCUGUCACGACUGAAGCCCGUCGAACAUGAUCCGCUCACUGAAUAUGGGCUUCCCUCGAAAGGGGAGAAGAGACUGCUCUCCACCAAAGUACAGGAGGCUUACUACACCAAGAUAAUCGAGCGCUAUCUUGCCUUUUGCACGGAAGCCGGUGACCGUGAAGGCCUUCAAAAGCAAUUCGCCCGCCUCGCGAUAGCGGACCGUGGCUCAUCCGCUGCCGCUUCACCUCUACCCCCACCAGCAACAUCCCCAUCCAAACUCCGGCCGCUCCCCUCAAACGACAAAGUCUCCCAGAUUUUCUCCGCUCUCCGUAAGUUGCGGGAAGCUCUCGUUGCCUCCCACCGAACCGACGAUUUUGCCACCCAAGUCUACCUUUUUUCCGCUCGCCUCGGCAUCCUCGCCUCGUCGUACGAGACCUACUACCCUUCCCUUCUCCACCUCCUCCGCCGCCAUCAACAAGCCCAGCGGCAGCAACGACAACAACAAGCUCACAUACCGCCAUCCGCAACAACCCCAACCUCGACGGGCCGCCCUUCGUCCUCCUCAUCCUCAUCAUCUCAACCAAACAAUAGCGGAGUCAGCAGCAGCAGCGCCAGCGGCGACCUCACCAGCGUGGAAUACCACGAAGUGACUGCCUACCUGGUCCUCGAUGCCGCCUGCCGCCGGGCCGACCUGGCCGAGGCGUACGCGCUCCGGCACGCCCACCGCCUGCGCGACCCCAAGAUCGACGUCAUCCUGGCCUCGCUCGUCGGCGACAACUGGGUCGUGUGGCGCCGCGUCAAGAAGCAGGUGGACGGGUACCGCGUCCGGCUGAUGGAGUUUGCCGAGCCCCAGGUCAGAGCGCACACGCUGAAGGCCUUUGGACGGGCACACCUGUCUGUGCCGCUAGGGGUGCUGGAGGCGCAGACGGGGGCCUCGUGGGCGGAGCUCAGGGAGAGGUUUGGGGUCGGGUGGGAGCUGGGUGAGGGCGAGGGCGAUGAGCGGAGGGUUGUUAUACGGAAGGUUCAGGCGAGGUCGUGACGUGAACUGAGCGGAAGGGGUUAUGUGUUUGGUGGGACGGGGGGUGGGGGUUUAAAGAUGGUGCUGGGCCCCUAUUUGAAUUGCGAUGUUACUGAUACCCUUUUGAUGAAUUUCCGCAUUCACCUUCCUGAGAUGAAAUGCAGGACGUAAUACCUAUGGUCUGGUUACACGUGAUCCGAGCUUUGCCACCGGUGAUUGAUCAGUUUCGA